AUGUCCCUGUGUGACCUGCCGAGGGCCGGCUUCCACGGGACGGCCCAGUGCAACCACACGCGACUGGCCACCACCUGUGUUCUCGAGUGCAACCGGGGAAUGCGUUACGAGUACCUGCCGCCCACCAACGUGUACACGUGCAGCGCGGCGGGAGAGUGGUCGCCGCCCGACCUGCCCCGCUGCGUCGACGCUACUCAGGAGCGGCUCAAGAAAGGCGGCACGUCGACCCGCAGGCCGUCGAGCGGCACAUGCGCAGUCUGGGGCCGGGGCCACUACCGAACCUUCGACGGAUCGCUGUUCAGCUUCCGCAGCCGCUGCCGGCACUUGCUGGCCCACGAGUGCCGGGGCGACACGUUCAGCGUGCACGUGGGCGACGGCCACUGCGCCAACGACAGCCUCCUCUGCCGACGCAGCCUGGACGUCUACGUCGAGGGGCUCCGCUUCGGCUUCGAGCUGGACCCGCCGCGGGUGACGCUGGGUAAUAUAUCUGCGCCGAUCCCCACCACGCUGGAAGGGCUGCGCGUGGACUACGUCGCCGGCAGGAUCGUGAUUAGCAGCGAGCUGGGAUUCACUGUCACAUGGAACGGCGAAGACUUGGUGGAGGUGUCCGUGGACGCGUCCCUGAAGGGAAGCCUGUGCGGGCUUUGCGGACAGUAUGACGACGACCCGACGAACGACUUCGUCAACAGCCACGGUCGACAAGUAACCUCCAGGUCGGCUUUCCUGGAAAGCUGGAGGAGGAACGAACUAGAAGAGGACUGCGAGGACAUUUUCUUCGAUCCUUCCAAGCAGCACCCGAGCGAAGAACUAGUGCUCGAAGCGAGGCGGCUGUGCUCCAGGGUCACCGACAAGCAAUUCGCAGCCUGUCACAAGGUGGUCGAUCCGAAGCCUUACGGCGACAUGUGCCUCGAAGAUUACGUCUCCUGCCUGGGCGAACGCUCCUCGGACUGCCGCUGCAGCGCACUCGCCGAGUAUUUCCGAGAGUGCGAGCGCCUCGGAGGCAAACUUGAGUCCGUCUGGAGGAGGCACGACUUCUGCCGUAAGACGCUUCUGCGAGACAUCCUUUUUUUUGAAGCGACAAUACCUUGAGCGGGCCAAAACAGGGCUAUAACAGUGCAAAGGAGAGCGGCGACAGUACGGGCGCUAAACUUCCAAAUACGUGUGCUUCCUGUGCCUGAUGCCAAGCUUGUGUUACAAAAUAGCCUAUCGUCUGAAAUAAACGCAAAUUGGGAGUUCAGCGCU